AUGAACCAGACUGAGUUUUGGGUGGAAGGACCAAACAAAGGGCAAAAACUUUCACAGUGGAGGCAAAUAGAGUGAAGUGAAAAGUGGUGAUAGUUAAGCGGGAAUAGCAAAGAGUGAAAAACAAAGGGAGAAGAAUGAAACGGUUUUUCAAAGUAGUGGAAAAAGAUUCAGAUGGGUCUGCGAAGAAGCCAAGAGAGAGUGAGAAUGAUGCCGAAAAUGAAGAGAACAACAAGAAGAAGGAACCGUUGAAGUUUAUGACAUGGAAUGCCAACAGUUUUCUUCUUCGGGUCAAAAACAACUGGCCCGACUUCACCAAGCUCAUCACCACUUUUGAUCCUGAUGUCAUUGCCAUUCAGGAAGUUCGGAUGCCUGCUGCAGGAGCAAAGGGUGCAUCUAAAGUUCCGGGGGAAAUAAAAGAUGAUACAAACGCAGCCAGGGAAGAAAAGAAGGUAUUGAUGCGUGCACUCUCUGCUCCACCUUUUGGCAACUAUCAUGUUUGGUGGUCUCUUGCAGAUUCAAAGUAUGCAGGGACAGCAGUACUUGUGAAAAAAUGCUUGAAGCCAAAAAGUGUUGUUUUCAAUCUUGAUAAAUUAGCCUCAAAACAUGAACCAGAUGGUCGAGUGAUCCUAGUUGAAUUUGAAACACUCCGUUUAUUGAAUACAUAUGUACCAAACAACGGAUGGAAAGAGGAGCCAAACUCGUUUCAAAGGAGAAGAAAAUGGGACAAAAGGAUUCUUGAAUUCGUUACACAAAAUUCAGACAAGCCUUUAAUAUGGUGUGGGGAUCUGAAUGUCAGCCAUGAAGAGAUUGACGUAAGUCAUCCCGAGUUUUUCAGUACAGCAAAACUCAAUGGUUAUAUCCCUCCAAAUGAAGAGGAUUGUGGUCAACCUGGGUUUACCUUGGCUGAAAGAAGACGAUUUGGUACCAUCUUAAGAGAGGGAAAGCUGGUGGAUGCUUACAGAUUUUUGCAUAAGGAUAAGGACAUGGAGCGAGGUUUCUCAUGGUCUGGAAAUCCAGUCGGAAGGUAUCGUGGAAAACGGAUGAGAAUAGACUAUUUUUUAGUUUCAGAGAAACUCAAAGAAAGGAUUGUUGCAUGUGAAAUACAUGGACAUGGGAUAGAGUUAGAAGGUUUCUAUGGAAGUGAUCAUUGUCCCGUUACCUUAGAGCUCUCUCCUAGUUCUGAUCCUCAAAAUGAGGAUGCAAUAUAAGAAGUGUUAACGUUACAGCUCAACUGUCUUAAUUUUUUCUUCUUUUUGUCAUUUAUUUCUCUAUUCUCUGGACUUUGUAGGCGGAAUAUUUCUUUAAUGAGAAGCUAUGCUUUCAUCA